UAGACAUCCAGCCCUUGAGAAUGGGGUUCAAAUCAAAGCCUGGAGACGCUAUGUGGCUUGUUUACGAUUUCAUAUCACAAUGUCAUUCAAGUACAUAUCCGUCAAACAAGAAAAGCCCGGCGUAUUCGUGAUAAUUCUCAACAAGCCUCCCGAGAACAGGCUCACUGUUGCUUCAUGCCAAGAGAUCAUCCAGGCGUACCGUCACAUAGAGCACGAACUCGGGAGAGAUUCAGAGGGCGCUGUGAUUUUGACCAGUUUCAGCUCUAAAUUCUUCACAACUGGACUUGAUCUAGAUGAACGCGAGAGGAACCCCUUCGCUUCUACCGACGGUUUCUAUCCUCUUCUUGCUACAAUUCUCGACUUCCCCUUCCCAACAAUAUGUCUGAUCACGGGACAUGUGUUUGGAGGUGCAUGCCUUCUGUCUCUAGCCCAUGACUACCGAGUUAUGAACCGUAGACGCGGAUACUUCCAGAUGCCGCCUGUUAAUUUAGGCCUGCAUCACCCCGGCAUGGGGACUCUGCUUAAUGCCAAGCUUGCGCCGCCUGUUCGACGCAAAGUGCUACUCGAGGCGCACAAAUACACCGCGACAGAGGCAUUGGCAGACGGUAUCAUAGACGUAGCAGAGGAGCCUGAAAAUAUGCUCCAAACCGCCCUGGCUUUGGCUGAGAAAUGGAAAAGCAAGGCGAAAAUGGGGGUGUACAGUCUGCUUAGAGGGGAGCUUGUGGGAGAGGCGGCGAGAGCCUAUCGGGAUGUAAGCUACAUACAUGGACGUGAGACCACCAGAGAACCAAAAAUGAAACUCUAGGUUCUCUCU